AUGAUCAUAUCAGACAACGCUGCAACAUUCCACGCAGCAUCUAACACAUUGAAGACCAUGUUCCAGUCCCAAACCUUGAGAAAUCAUAUAAACAGAUCCGGAACCGAGUGGAAAUUCAUUCCAACUCGAGCACCAUGGUUUGGAGGAUGGUGGGAGAGAAUGGUUGGGCUCGUAAAGACAUCCCUAAAGAAAGUGUUAGGUCGAGCAUUCGUUACCUUUGAGGCGUUACAGACGACACUUACUGAGGUAGAAGCUAUCCUCAACGACAGACCUCUCACAUACGUCACAUCAGAAAACACAGAUCCAGAGCCGAUUACCCCAUCACACUUAUUAACUGGACGGAGAAUUACAGCGAUACCAGAUGCGACAGAUCCUAGCACCAUAAUCAGCAAUCAACAAAUAAUAACAAAACGAGUUAGAGUCCAGCGUGAGCUGAUUAAUCGUUGGUGGGCGAGAUGGAAGUCAGAUUACCUCACAUCACUACGUGAGCGUCAUACACAAAGUGGUCGCAACGAGCAGACGAUACGUAUUGGAGAUGUCGUGCAGGUGCACGAUGACAGUUCUCGGUUGCUAUGGAAACUGGCUGUGGUGGAGGAACUUGUACCCGGACGAGACGGACUGAUCAGGGCAGCAAAAAUCCGUACCGGAAGUGGGCAUACCACCAGACCAAUCGUGAGACUUUACCCUUUGGAGAUCAAUUGUGAAAACGAGAGACUUUAA